AUGUCUUCCUCUUCCUCCUCCUCCCAUCCCACCCAAGCCCAGCUGAAUCUCGCCGCUCUGGCGGGGUCACCUUCGCCGCGAACGAUGCGAGGUCUCCGAAAGAUCCAGUCCCACCAGAUUCUCUCCUCGAAUUCCUCGUUUGGCGCCCCGACUUCUCAGGCGUCGUCGACUGGGCGCUCCUCCGUCGGUCCCGACGAGCUGCUUCCCCAGCCACCCGCUCAUCUCGACUCGCCCGUACGACUACGGACCCAUCGUCGUGCAAGAUCCAACAGCGAUGCUAGCACUCGUGACCCGCCGGCUAUAGCAACGCAAAGACGACCAGGCAGGAAAACCGGCUCGGGAUUCGGGUUGAAGAGGUCGGCGUUGGAGACGCUGCUACGCGACGGCCCUCAGCAAGGGAACAUUCGGGAGGGACUGCAGGAGUUGAGGUAUUUGGUCUUGUCUACGAGGGUGGAAGCAGAUGGCGAUGGCAUGUCAACGUACCGGGUCUACCUCUGGUUAGCCCUUCUCGAAAUCUCCCCCGUCCCGACCGACGAGUAUCUCUCUCUCAUCCAUCGCGGCCGAUCCCCAGCCUAUACGAAAAUCCGCAACGAUACCUUCCGGACGCUGGCCACCGACCCGCUAUUCAAACGCCGCGUCACCGAAGCCAGCCUCAUCCGACUCCUCAACGCAGUCGCAUGGAAGCUCCAUGACGUCAAGAACCGGCAUCGUUACAAGUCCCGACCGUCGUCGCGACGACGCGAGAUGGAGCUCUUGAUCAACACGCCCCCGAGCAUCGCGGAAGAAGACAGCGACCCGAAUUAUUCCACGCCCAGCAGCAGAGGCGGCUACGUCACCAGCGACUCGGCGAUCUACGUGCAGGGCAUGAACGUGCUGUGCGCGCCCUUCCUCUACGCCGCCCGCAGCGAGGUCGAGGCCUUCGCCCUAUUCCAUUCCUUUGUCACGCGCGAAUGCCCCGGUUACAUCCGCGGCGCCAUGGACGGCGUCCAUCGCGGUCUUCUUCUGGUCGACCGGUGUCUGGAGAUCGUCGAACCCAAGCUAGCGGCGUAUCUGUUCUCCAAGGGAAUGCAGGCCAAACUCUAUGCGUUCCCAUCCGUCUUAACCCUCUGUGCCUGUACGCCUCCGCUGCCGGAGGUCCUCCAUCUCUGGGACUUUCUCUUCGCCUACGGGCCCCAUUUGAACAUCCUGUGUAUCGUGGCCCAACUGAUCCGGAUGAGGGACACCAUCCUGGAAAACCCAAGUCCCAACAAAAUCCUCCGAUCCUUUCCUCCUCUCGACGCCAAAGAAAUCAUCGCCUUGACCGUCCUGAUCGUCCGAAAGAUCCCGGAACCCUUAUAUGCCGAACUGAUCGACCAUGCCAAAUAG